AUGUCCACCGACGACCUGAGCACCCACCUGGCCGACUCCGGCAUCACGAUGCGGUCCGACAGCGAGCAGUACUCCCCAGGCGACGAGGUAUCGUCCCCGUCGUCGUCCAACUCGCCCGUCAUUCUCUACAAGCCCCCGACUGCGUGGACAUUGAUACGGAGCGCCGCUAUCAACCUGCUGCUUCCAUUCAUCAACGGCAUGAUGCUGGGAUUCGGGGAACUGUUUGCCCAUGAGGCGGCAUUCAGGCUGGGAUGGGGAGGUACAAAGGUGUUCCCCGUUUCUCGAAGACGAGCGCACCCCAUUGGCCCAGGCAUCGAGGUUCGCGAACGACCAGAACGCCCCGGGCCGUCACUAAACGACUUUGCAAGCUUAGAGUAG